UAUAAACCUCAUCAACCUUCCAUAACCCGAACUUCGAUUCCCCAUCAUCCGCAUCGCAGAGUAGAAGCAUAAUAUCCUCCAGCUUCUAUCCCAGUGAUUUGCCAGCUCUUUGCACCAUAUCGUUGGCUGACAAUUAAUUUUGAUGAAAUAAAACAAAAACGCCGAUUCUCAAAGGCAUUUUCGCUUUCCCUAGCUAUCGUAAUUUCAUUUGCCUACUUCAUCAGAAACGAGUUCGAUGCCGCUUUUUGCCCUUCACACGGACGCGGCUCUAUUUACGUGUACAGACAAUCCGACCAGAUGAAAUACUCUUUUCAUCCACUUCGGUAAGAACGAAACUUAAAUACAUUAGUAAGUAGCAAGCGACCAGCUAAUCGGGCAAAGGGCGCAGCAAUGGUACCAUCAAAGCGCGCGACCAGAGGCCCAAAUCUCAUGAGAGAAAACAUCUCUCUCGCAGCUCAGGCACCUGCACCACAGUCCAGGUGGCCCGCCGAGUUUACCGAGUACAACCCCAGCUCCACACUCUGCUCGACUUUGACAGCAGGCCAACAUGUUUGUUGUUCUCCGGGUAGCUUGCCCGACUACCCCCCGCAACCCGCAGCCGAUGGAUACUGCUACGAGCAUCUUGUCCAGAACGGCGAUACAUGCGCUUCUAUAGCCGCCAACUACAGCAUCACCGUGGCUGAUAUUGAAAAGUACAACACCGAUACCUGGGGCUGGAUGGGCUGUACAGAUCUUCUUGCUGGUUACUUGAUAUGCUUGAGUUCGGGCUACCCGCCGAUGCCACUGCCUGUAGCAAAUGCUGUCUGCGGGCCGCAAGUCAAUGGCACUGCCACUGCUCCAGCAGGCUCAGAUCUGAGUACAUUCAACGAGUGUCCGCUAAACGCUUGUUGCGACAUUUGGGGUGAAUGUGGAACAACUGCAGAGUUUUGUACCAUCUCCAAUUCCACCACAGGCGCCCCUGGUACUGCUGCGAAGGGAACGAACGGUUGUAUUUCUAAUUGCGGCACCGAUAUUAUCACUGGAGACAUACCAUCCGAGACGUACAAAGUGGCAUACUUUGAGGGUUUGACUGGUCACGGCCAUGUCUGA